GAGAACGGGACAGUAGAGAGACAGAAAGCACAGGAGCGCACAGCAGCAGCAGCAGCCCUGCGCGCUUUAACCCGCUAUUCCUACAACAGUAUUUACUGUUUAUACAUUAGCAUCUACUUAUAGGGAUAUUAUAAGUUAUGCAUUAUUAAUAGACUAGUGCGUAAAGACAUGAGCACCAGAAACAGAUCCCCACCGGACUGAUCAAUAACACGCAUCCUCUUUCAUCAGGACCACCGGCUUUAAACCUGGACGUGCAUUAAACAAGUGGAUUUUAUUAUAUAGGCUAUAUCCUGCUAUUGUAGAAAGAAUCGGAUGCUUUGAUUCGCUGUGUGAAGUGUAGAGCAUCAGCGUCAGUGGACUUCAUCCUCUUCCUCAGUCUCUGGAUCCGGACACAAUGGAUCUGACAGCGGUCGCGCUGCUCGUGUCGCUCAUCUCCGUGUCUCUGUCUGCGGAUAACGCGGGCGGUAAAGUGCGGAGCUGCGCGGACGUGCGCCACUUCUACAGCGGCAAAGGCUUCACGUUAAACGGCGUCCCACAGUCUGAGAUAUCAGGCGAGCAUCUCCGCAUCUGCCCACAAGGUUACACCUGCUGCACCAGUGCCAUGGAGGAGACACUGUCAAACCUGAGCCGCCGAGAGUUUGAAGGCCUGGUGAGGGAAGCGGGACGAUCCAUUCAAGCCUCUCUGAAUGCCCAAUACAGGACUUUUGACACAUACUUUCUGGAACUUCUAAAUGGCUCUGAAAGGUGGUUGGAGGAGGCGUUUGUAGCCGCUCUGGGGGAUUUGUACCGACCUAAUGCAGGAGUGUUUCGUGACCUCUACGCUGACCUGCGUCGAUAUUACAGUGGUGCCAGCCUGAACCUCGAGGAGGUCUUGGACGAGUUCUGGAUGAAGCUGCUGGAGCGCCUUUUGAAGGCGUCUGACCCUGAGACCGCCUCGCUGCUCUCUGACGACUUCCUGGAGUGUGCCUCCAAGCAGACAGAGACCCUUCGUCCUUUUGGAGAUGCUCCACGUGAACUGAAGGCCAAGCUGGUGCGGGCGUUCAUCGCUGCUCGGGCAUUUGUCCAGGGCCUUAAUGUGGCUGGAGAGAUUGUACGGAAGGUGUCACAGGUUCCUCUGAGCCCAGAGUGCAAUCGUGCCAUUAUGAAGCUGGUGUACUGUCCUCAUUGCCGAGGUCUUGGAUCAGUCAAACCUUGCGUCAACUACUGCAAGAACGUCAUGAAGGGCUGUCUGGCUAAUCAGGCUGACCUUGACACUGAGUGGCAGAGCCUUAUUGAAACCAUGCUACAGGUGGCCACCAGUUUUGGUGCCGAGCCCAGUAUGGACACAGUGAUCUACUCAAUUCCUGUGAGAAUCUCAGAGGCAGUUCUUGCCAUGCAGGAGAACAUGGAGAUCUAUACCAGCAAGGUUUUCAAGACCUGUGGGGACCGUGGUGAGGAAGGCACACCAAGCUCAAUAUCCGAGGAGCCAAAAAAGAAAGGAAGUACAGUUACUGCCCUGGAAUACAAACCCAGCCCCAAAUCUGCAGCCAGACUGGAGGUGCAGGUCACAGACGUGUCCAGUAAACUCAAGGAAAUGCAAUUUUACUGGAUCCAACUCCCUUCGGCUCUGUGCAGUGGUAAAACAGCAUCCACAACCGGUGGUGAUAAAUGCUGGAAUGGCAUCACCAAAGCCAGUUACCUUCCAGAGGUCAUGGGUGAUGGGCUGGCCAAUCAGAUUAAUAACCCAGAGGUGGAGAUCGACAUCACCAAACCCGACAGGACAAUACGUCAACAGAUCAUGCUGCUGAAGAUCAUGUCUAACCGCCUGAAAAAUGCCCUCAACGGCAACGACGUGGAUUUCCAAGACACAAGUGAUGAUUUCAGUGGCUCAGGAAGCGGCAUGUGUGCGGACCACCUGUGCAUUCGUGGUAGACCUCCGGUUUUUGGGCCGAAAACGGACAGGCCCAAACUCUAUGCCUAUGGUCCUGAAAACAAAAGAGUCAAAGGAUCCGGAAACCAGAUUCAGCCUUCUGUCAUCUUACUGGUUCUAUUACUCACGAGUCUACUGCUUAGACGAUAAUGGAGAAGCUUCAUCUAACGCUGGGAUCGAACUUUGGGAUCUGGUUCAGGAAAUUUGGGAUAGGACAAGGAAUGUUUAAAAAAAAGAAUAGCAAAAAUGAGAAAAGGUGAGCUUAACAAAAUUGCCAAAAGAAAAAAAGAAAACUUUUGAGUGUAUGGACAUUUUAAUUCCUCUGGAAUAGGACAGAGACCAUGAGAAUUGGUGGAAAAGGAAUUUUGUUUUUGUGUUUUUAUGUUUUGUAAUAUAUGUCAGAUUUAAGUGCUGACUUGUUACAUCAAUCGACAUCUUGUUUUUUUUUUUACCUUUGAAUGUAAAAAGAAGAACUGGACAGGGAGAAUGCCGGUUUAGAUUUACAAUAUGAAUUUCUCAGCCACCUAAGCGACUUACCCACAGUUCUUUGCUCUUAAAGUCACACAGUCACCAAAUCACCUAGUGUUUCAUUUCACCAUGCUUGAGUUACGUAAGUUCGUCUUUGCACAACUGUCCAUUUUGUCUUAAAUAUUUCACAGAUGGACAUAAUUACAAAACACUACAUUAGUCAAAUCCCAUUUAGAUUACAAAAUGUAUGAACUUUGGCAUGGACAUGAAUCGAAAUACGGAAUUGCUGAGUAUCUAAGAAACUAUGUAAUAGUGUUUUUUUUAAACUGUGAUUCAUUUGGUUUGGUCCAGAAUAAUUUUGUAUGAUAACAAGUUGCAAUAAUGGGUCAAUUUAAAAAAAAAAUAACAAAAAAGAAAAAAAGGAAAAAAAAGAAACCAACAUCAAAAUAAAGAAAAUAUAGCCUAUUUUUUAGGACCAUUAAGAUUUAUUGCAUAAUUACUUUCAUAAUUUUAUUUUCAUCAUUUUUAUUUAAACUUUUAACAUUUUUUCUCAUCUGUACUUUUGUCUUGUUUUCCAUUUAAAAAAAAAAAAAAAAAAACAUCUAACCAUUCUUAAAAAAGCUGAAAUCUAAUUUGUUAGAUUUACAAUUGAAAUAAAAUUUACUCAAAUUAUGAAUAAAACACUAAAUAUAUUCUCUGAAAAUUAAAUGUAUGCAAUUUGAUCUUGUUUAUGUAUUAAUUUUGUUUUAUGGAGUAAUUAUCGGUAUAUUAGAAUAUUAUUUUGAUUUUAAGGAAAAUCACUUUUAUUUUCAGAAAUUUUCAUAAUUCUGCAAAAAAAAAAAAAAAACAACAUUAAUGAUUUUUAAUAAAAUGAGAAUUAUUUACAUUAAUCAACAUUUAGUGAGAACUUGUACUUGUACUUAAUUUACAUGAAAUUAAUGUCACAAUGCAAAAAAAAUCUUACCCCAAAAAAUAGGCUUUAUUAAUGCUAAAUGUUUGUUUUUACUUUGAUUUUGGUGUGAAAUAUGACCCAGAUAUGAGACGCUCUUAUCUGAAAUUGUACAUGUAAAACAACAAACUUCCAAAAGACAUGAAUGCACAAAGUAUUUGCUUCACUCACCUCGAUUUAACCCGUAACUUGCAUUUAGAAACUUAUGGCUGCAUUAUUGCUCAUUGCAGUACAAAUUUGUAUUCGUAAUAAGUACUUUCAGCACCGAUGGCAAGUAAAAUAGAAGCAUGUGUCAGUCUUGAAUGGAUUGAUUUGCCUUGAAUGGAAUUGCAUUAUAGCCAAAGCCAAUGGGAAGCAGUCAUUUACAGAAUGUACCGUUUUUAAAAUACCAGCUGUCACUUUUAAUAAAAGUUUGUAAUAAAUUUGACGACUCAGAGCAAUAUGAUUAAUUUAGACUUGUGGCAGUGAUGUUUUAAAGCAUCUCCAAGGAGCUGAUUCAGAAGCAAGAUAUUUGCGAGGGUAACAUUAUGGUUUUUCUGAAAUUUUGGUCAGACAAACAUGUAAAAAACAAAAAAAACAACAUUCCUACAAAAUGUCUUGGACAAUAUCAGCAUCUAGUUCCUAAAUGUUGCAUUUAAAUGUGUCAAACUAUCUUCAUGUUUCUGAUAUUUGUUUCUAAUGACUCUUCCUUUUUUGAUGCACAACUUGAGCUGAAUCCACAAGGACCUGGUUUAAAAAGUUGUGGAAUGUAAACACAGUUGAGAAUGUACAUAAUGUAGUGUACAAUCUCUGUCACAGCAAGGUUCGUUUUUGUACUCGGUUGUCCGGUAAAUGAAAAGCACAUUGUAUACUCUUAGUCGAUCGCAUGACUCAAUGAAUGGACACUGAGAAGGGCUCAAACACAAGCGUAAUGUGUUUCAUGUGACGGUGACGGAUUGAGCAAACGCUCAUUCGAGAGAGACAGAGAUGUGUGUAAUGGAACAUUUGAUAUAUUUCAGGACUAGCGUUUUAUUUGAGGUUUGAAUUUGUAAAUUUGGUCUGUUUUACGUAAUAAACAUGCACAGUUGUUCAAACAAAA